AUGUCGUAUGUGGUGCCAGUAUUGGACCAUGUACCUAGCUAUGACGAGUUUUACCGUGAUUACUUGGCCCCCAAUCUACCUGUGAUGCUCCCGGCUGCGAUGGUGGCGUCCUGGCCGGCGAUACAGCGAUACGGCCACGACGGCCGUAUCGACUGGGAGGCGUUGUGUGCCGACUUUGGCGACCAUCAAGUGCCUGUCAUUGUAGGAUCUGCCGAGAGACGAUCUAUGGCGCUUCGAGAUGCCAUACACCUUCUUCGGACUUCGUCAGAGCCUGUGUAUAUUAAAGACUGGCACUUGGUCCGUUCGUCGCGGACUGAUGCCCACGCGCGGGACCAGUCGCGUCCAUUUCCCUAUGUGACACCCUGUCUUUUUGCGGAUGAUUGGAUGAACAAUGUAACGCCGCAUGCCCGCCCCACGGCGACGUACGCCUUCGCUUCGGAUGCCUGGCUGACGCAAAGCACCGAAGCGUAUGAAGCGGACGAUUUUCGAUUUUGCUAUCUUGGCUCGCGUGGCUCGUAUACCCCUCUGCAUCGUGACGUGUACACGUCCUAUUCGUGGUCUACUAAUAUAGCGGGCCGCAAACGAUGGCGGCUUUUUGCGCCAGACGACGCGCGUUGGCUUCGGCAGUUCCCUGAGCGACGUACGUCGGCGCUAGCGAGUCGCUAUGCCGAGAUGGAGCAAGCCUUUCAUGCGGGGAAGCUUGGGGCGUACCAAGAUGGCUACGAAGGCUGGCCUGGGUGGGGGCAGGUGCGUGAGCGUGUGUACGAAAUUGAGCAAGAGCCUGGCCAAACGAUCUUUGUGCCAUCCAACUGGUACCAUGAAGUGGAAAAUUUGACCGACUGCAUGAGUAUCAACCACAAUUGGUGCAAUGCCAUGAAUCUUACGAGCAUGUACGAUGCUAUGGAAGCUGAGGUGGAGGAUGUCGCGCAGGCCCUGGACGACGUACGUGCGAUGCUGGCGGGCCAGCCUGCCUGGCAGCGUGAAUUCACACACCUCGUUCAGCAGGUGGUUGAGCAAGACGCUGGCUGGGCUUGGCACGGGUUCUGGGCCAUGGUCGUCGACGCGUUGCGACGGCCCCCCUGCGACCCCACGUAUGCGCCGGCGCCUGCGUACGUCCAGAGCACGAUCGAAGCGCUACUUGAACGCUUUCGUAAGCGGCCUGACGCGCCGUGGCUCGCGUCCGGUGUGCACGACCUGGCGUCCGAAGCUUCGGCAACGCUGUCGUUGAUGACUAAGCCACCUAGGUAG